AAUGAACGCACGCACAGCACAACAACACUGCUUCUCGAUGCGCGCGCACGUUUCUUUGACUUCGCGAACGCGUAAACACCUCGAUCCUCGAGAUAUGUGACUUCGAAACUUAAGUUUGACAGUUUUUUAUUUUUUUUAAACAAUGCAGUUCAUAGUGUUGUGCCUGUGUGUCUGUGUGUUGACGGUGAUGGGACAGGACAUCGAUGCGAUGCGAAACUUGCCCAAAUAUGACUCGAGAUACGAUUAUCUAGAUGUAGAUGCCUUGUUUAAUAGUAAACGUUUAGUGAGGAACUAUGUGGAAUGUUUAGUUAAUGGACAGAGGUGUACACCUGAAGGGAAGGCUUUGAAAAGACUCAUGCCAGAAGCAUUAAGAACGAAGUGCGUACGGUGUACAGAAAGUCAGAAGAAGAUAGCCGUUAAGAUAAUAAAGCGGUUGAAGAACGAGUACCCAGACGAGUGGGCGAAGCUGUCUUCGAAAUGGGACCCCACGGGAGACUUCACACGGUACUUCGAAGUUUUUCUGGCUAACGAGCAGUUCAACACCAUACCUAAUAGUGGUAACGAAGUGCCAAUUUCACCCCUACCUACAUUGCGACCGGUGCCGCCACCGCCUCCAAGCAUUCCGAGCGUUCCUAGCGUUCCAGCCUCUGAAACCCCAGUGACGAGUGCCACUCCGCCUCGACCUCUUCUUCUUAAUAGGUUUGGUGGUGAAGACGAGGUGAUGGAGGGCAGUCCAUCAUCAGCUGCAGCAACUCCUCGCCCGACGCCAGCCCUCACCAAUAGACCUCAAACUAUGAGGCCACCUGUACCGCCCAGACCAACUCCGAUAGCCUGGGCCAGUGUUGGUACAGCCACAAUGACGACUCGGCUUACAUCGCGUCCUACAAUUGACUUACCACCUCCAUAUUCAACCGCCAUUACCUUCAUUGACCAAAUUGGCAUCAAGAUCAUAAGGACUACAGAACUCGUAACUGACAUCCUAAAGAACACUGUACGGGCAAUGGUUGGGUGACAUGUGACAUAAUAAGGCCCUGUUGCAUCAGUUGUGGAUAACGCUAUUUAACGGAUAACAGAGUCGAAUAGAUAAUAAAAGUUUAAAA